UUGCUAUUCCAGGUGGAUCACCUCGACCAACAUGAUAUAUACACGCUUGAGAUUCUUCCUGACGGAUGCUCAAAUUCCAUCCUCACUCGUCUCGCACAUUGCACCACCUGGCCAGACAAAGCUGUGCCGAGUAGUGGUCGCAUGGUACUGCGGUUACUAAAAUGGAUGCAGGCUUUGGAGGCGAUGGCUCCUGUUGCUCUUGUUAGUGGUGCUGGUGUUGGGCGUGCUGGUACAUUCUUGGCGAUAGAUCAAGUUUGUAACCGACUUUUCAAGGGGGUCGAUGCUUCGGUGAAAGAAAUUGCACUUGAAAUUCGAAAACAGCGUGCGCAUGCUAUAUCAAAUGAACUGCAGUACUUCUUUGUCUAUUCAACAGUGCUCGACUAUAUUAGAGUCAGCCUUUAA